GUAGCAUCGACGUCAGUUGUUGAUGGAAGUGUCAGAAACGUUAUUUGAACGACUCUACCUCAUUUAUAUGCCAUGUUGCGUACUCGUAGGUUCCACAGGGAAUGCAAUGGUUUGGAUACUAAUCAAGAGCAAUCGCAUGCUGUCACGACUUCCAACGAACACCUACCUGUUAUGUUUGGCAGCGAUGAGUUCGCUGUUUCUUUGCACAUUGUUCGUAUUCUGGCUGGAAGAGGUGUCCUAUAUCUACUUAAACGACAGCCUAAUCGGAGAUGAGUUCCGUAACAUCAGCUGCAAAGUCAACCAGUUUCUCGCUCAUGUUUGCGACUUCUCCAGCGUUUGGCUCAUUGUUCUACUCGGAUGCGAACGACUAAUCCUACUCCACAGGAAAACUCGAAGUCUGACCACGGAGAAGGCAUGUGCACAGGUGGUAGCGCUAAUUGUUAUCGCAAUGCUUUUCAAUUCGUGGAUCCUCUAUGUGGCUUCGAUCCAAGAGGGCAUCUGUGACAUUGAUCCGAAGUUUGAUAGGAUAUACCACAUUAUGACAGUCUUAGAGACAAUCGUGUGUAUGGUUGUGCCUUCCAUUAUCAUCUUCACCUCCAAUGUGCUGGUCAUCUGUAAACUAAACGCUCACAUCAGGAAGUAUCCCAGUUCGCCUGCGGUAUCCUUCAAUACUCCAGAAGCAGAGGCACCCUUGACAUCGGCGACUUCUUUACAAAGCCAAGGAGUUAGAAGUUAUACCAGGGUUUCGCUUGGACGGCUCUCUGCUCAUUUACCACUUGAUUUAGACAAGCCAAAGAAGAAGUCUAAAAAAGGUCUCAAGUAUACCGAUGUGCAAUUGACUCGCUCACUAAUGGUUGUUACUUGGGCUUUUAUCAUCUUGAACAUGCCCAACUACAUUUAUAGAAUGGCAACAAACAUUUUAGGUAUCGAUGCUCAGAGUCCAAUAAUGCAAAACUUUUCACUUUUGGCUCACUUUCUCCUUUACACUCACCAUGCAGUACUUUUCUACUUGUAUAUUUUCUACAGCCCUCAAAUGAAGCGUCGACUUCGACCCACAGCAAUGAAGCUUCUUGAAAGAAUUCAUCGCUGUGAUGAUAUUGUUAAUACCCUGAUCAAUCACGAGAAAUCAAGGAGCUAUGGAAGUCACCAUGCUAUGCUGUGAUCGCAUAUGUACAGUGAGCUUAUAUCACAUUCAACGGGUU